AUGUGUUUCAACACAUAUAUUCAACAUAUCAAAACUGAAAAGUACCGUCAGUUCGGUUUCUCCCUCCAACUUCAUAAUCCAAUCCACUGGUUUCAGUUUGCCGAUGAUGCUGCGGUUAUUACUGGUCAAGAGUCGGAAAAUCAACAUCUCCUUAAUCGAUUCUCUAUCUGGUGUCAAUGGUCCAACAUGGUUGUUAGAGUUGAUAAAUGUAGCACAUUUGGCAUCAAAAAAGUUUUAUCAAAAUCUGCCCAGUACCUGCCGAAGCUUUUGAUCAAUAAGGAUCUCAUACCAACGAUUAAGACUGGGGAAUCAUUUGAGUAUUUGGGACGACAUUUCGACUUUAACAUGACUAAUGAAAAACAUAAAUCUGAAGUGAUUUCCCUCAUUGAUGAACUAAUGUCCGAAAUAGAUCUUAAACCUCUUCACCCAAAAAACAAAAUUUUACUUUACAGUCGUUAUGUUUUGUCAAAGCUAUCCUGGCAUUUUACUGUUGCUACGAUAUCUAAAACUUGGGUAGUCGAAAAUAUCGAUUCUUCGGUGAACAAGUACAUCCGAAAAUGGCUGGAAGUACCUAUAUCUGGAACACUAAGUAACGUUUUUCUAUAACCCGUAAUAAGUUUGGUCUAAAUAUCCUCCCUGCAUCAGUCAAAUUCAUUCAGUGUCAAACAGUUCUACGCAAUGCCCUGAAAACAUCUCCAAACGAUUCAAUAAACGAACUGUGGAAGUCAACUAAUAAUCAUACUAACAUUCAAUACGAUAGCUACAACUCAACUAGAGAAGUUUUAAAAACUUUCCAUUCUCAACAAGAAAAUAAACUUAGGAACCGUUUGAAAUGUCAAGGUUCCUUUUUCGAAAAUGUUUCUAAAUUCUCGCUAUCACAACUUAACGCAAUCUGGUCGGUAUCGCAAUCAAAGCUACCAAAGAACAUUUUCAACUUUACAAUUCGCUAUAUAAAUAAUACCCUUCCUACACGAAAGAACCUCAGUAGAUGGGGAAUUUCAUCAAGUUCUGACUGCUCGUUCUGCUUACACCCUGAAUCACUUCUACACGUUGUUGCCGGUUGUCAACAUUACCUGGAACGAUUUACUUGGAGACACGAUUGCAUACUAAACUUUCUUGCUAAAACUUUUCAAAGUUUAAACGAAUGCAAAUUACAUGUUGAUCUUCCUGGAUUUCAAAGCCCCUCGAUUAUUACGGGAGAUGAAUAUCGUCCUGAUUUACUUGUCUCCACUUCAGACAAACAUCUCUACGUCGUUGAACUUACCGUAGGCUUUGAAUCAAACCUCACAAACAAUGUUAACCGCAAGAAAGCUAAAUAUAAAAACCUAAUUAGAGAACUGGAUCAAAACUUUACAUGUGUCAAAUUUAUAAAUCUUUCUGUCAGUUCGCUAGGAGUGUUUGACAAAGAAUGUCAUACAUUCGUAAAAAUGCUAAAUGAGUUAGGACUGGAUAAUCAACACCAACAAUAUUGUAUCAGAAAAAUUAUAUCUAUUGCCAUCCGAUCAACGUACUACAUAUUUUGCUGUAGAAAUAAAGAAUGGACAAAUCCCGAACUAAUGAACAUUUAA